UUGACAACUGACGAUGAAAUUGUAAAGUUAGGCACGUUGUUGGUGUGCUAGUAUUUAUUGAAUUCGACUAACUUUAAACUUAGUGUUAAAAUGGUUAAAGUAAGCGAUGAUGCCAUCAAAAGUGUCGGCAACGUGUUAAAUGAUCCCAAUAGGCCUAUGAAAGAACGGUUUCGGGCACUCUUCGCACUUCGCAAUAUAGGGGGAGAAACCGCUAUCAAAUGCAUUAGUGAAUGCUUUAGGGAUGAAUCAGUAUUGUUAAAACACGAACUAGCUUACUGUCUAGGUCAAAUGCAGGAUACAAAUGCUAUACCAGUGUUAAUACGUAUGUUGGAAGACGCAAAUCAGGAUCCGAUAGUGAGGCAUGAAGCCGGUGAAGCCCUUGGUGCAAUUGGUGAUGCAAACCUGCAGUCAUUACUAGAGAAGUACCAACAUGACCCAGCGAUAGAAGUUGCUGAGACAUGUCAAAUAGCCUUACAACGUCUUAAAUGGAUACAAGAUGAGAGCAUAGAAAAUAGUAAUCUAUCAAAAAGUCUCUAUACGUCAAUAGAUCCUGCACCCCCAAGCAAAGUCGUUGAUAUCCAAGAGCUAACAGAUAUAUUAUUGGAUGAAAAUAAAUCAUUGUUUGAGAGAUACAGAGCAAUGUUUAGUUUACGCAACUUGCGUACUACAGAGAGUAUUAAGGCUUUGGCUAAAGGUUUCCAAGCCAGCAGUGCACUGUUCCGUCAUGAAGUGGCAUUUGUCUUUGGCCAGAUGCAAGAUGAGCGAUCCGUGCCGGCCCUUAUACAGACGCUGAAAGAUACAGAUGAACAUGAGAUGGUUCGACACGAGGCUGCCGAAGCAUUGGGCUCUAUAGGUACUGAAGAUUGCACUGAAGUUUUGAAGAGGUACCUGGAUGACCCGAGACGCGUUGUUCGAGAAAGUUGCGAGGUGGCACUAGAUAUGUCGGAUUAUGAGAACAGUCCGGAAUUCCAAUACGCGAACACAUUGCUUACAAUUCAAAAUUGAUUCAGAAAAAACUGUAAACUUCUUUUACUGCUGCAUUAUCUUACAAGUGUGAUUAGUUCGUAAUUUUUGAGUUGCAAAAAAAA